AAACAAGCCGCUUCCCGUUUGUAUUUCACGCCCCAGUGCUAAAUAGAACCCCGUUAGCGUUGUAUUAGGUGACGACCAUGGCGCACUGGCUGUAUCAAAGGCGUUUGAUCGGGGGCUGCCCCUCAUCACAACAUCACCAGGGCGUUUCAGCCAGCCAGCCAGCCUGUCCAGCCAGCAGCCAGCCAAGCAACACGCACUCUUAGCGGAUAAAUACACACCCUUCGAUCGUCACUGUUAUCUCAAGAGGACAGCCGUUCCUUGUUGCGCAGACGCCAUAACAUGUUGAUGUGACAAAAAUGAACAAACCCAAGAUGGCUUCAGAGAAGGGUGUCCCCAAUAACUCGAGGGUGCAGAUCCUGCUGGCCCAGCUGGAGAAGCUGUCCGGAGACUCCAUGGUGAGGGAUCCUGAAUCAGCGCGUCAGAUCACGUCCAAGCUCCUGCAUCUCAUACAGACGCAGGAGAAGACGUCGAAGGAGAUGAUGUCCAAAGGCACCAGCGGCAUGGAUGUCAUCCUGAAUUCACUGGAGAUCACCCGAGACACCCAGACCAUUUUGAACAUCCUCUGCAUACUCAGUGAGCUGCUGACCUUGGGCAAAGGACGCAGAGUGGGGGUCUUUGUAUCAAAGGGAGGAACAGCGGUGUUACUCCGCAUUCUAAUCAACGCCAACAAAGAGUUUCACCCCAGCGAGGAGCUCAUGUUGCAGCUUCACUCCCUGCUGGCCAAGGUGGGCCCGAAAGACAGGAAGUUGUGCAUGAAGGCACGUCUGACUGGCGCUCUGAACAUCACAAUAAACCUGAUCAAGAAGAACCUCCAAAAUGUCAAGUUGCUCCUGCCCUGCUUGCAGGUUCUUCGGGUUUACUCAGCGAACAUUAUUAACGCCAUAUCCCUCGGCAAAAGUGGAGCUAUUGAGUUGAUGUUCAAGAUUGUGGCACCGUACAGCAAGAAAAACACAACCCUGAUCAAGGUCGCUGUGGAUGCGCUCUGUGCUUUACUCAAAUCCAACACAAAUGUUCGGCGGGCAGUGGAGGGCAACUACGUUCCCACCCUGCUCUCCCUCUACCUGGACUGGCACCGCAAGGACACGUGGCAUCGUCACACGGCGAUCCGCAAGGGGCUUUUGGGCUGUCUGCGUAACGUCACCAACAUCAAGCUGGGCAGGCAGGCGUUCACCAAAGCCGACGGCAUGCGCAUUCUCUACAACUCUUCAAUAGAGUGUCUCUCGGUGCGCACCUUGGAUCCUCUUGUCAACGCUUCAAGUGUCAUCAUGAGGAAGUGCUUCCCCAAAAAUCGCCUGCCUCUGCCUACCAUCAAGUCGGCUUUCAUUUACCAGUUGGAGCACGUUCUGCCUUCAGGGCCGGUCGCUCAGCUCUACAGCCAACCCCCUGAAGGAAGAACACAUGCUCAGGUCUGCAGCGAGCCCUUAAAGAAGGUGGACGACGUGGUGGAUGACAGUGACGAUAACGAGGACACAGAGGCAGACACGGAGAAUGAUACAGAGAACGAGGAAGAUGAGAAGGAUUGUGGCUCCCUGAACGACGACAUUGAAAAGGAUAUAAACAAGCUGCACCCUGAGAAGAUCCCGAGUCGACCUUACGAAGAGUUAAGAGUCUACGAGAAGUUUUUUGUGGAGUUGUCUCAAGACUUUCAGGGUUUCAACUUUGAAUCUUCCACAACAUCUUCAUCGGCACAAUCCGCUCUGCCCAUCGUUGUUCCCACAGCUCAGCUGCCGUCCCCGAAUCACGUCAGUGCACGGACCGUCAGCAACUCAUUUGCUCCCAGUCCCACUCUUCAUACUUCACAGGCUGACACCGGAGAUUGUGUCAAGAACCUCGACCAAAAGGUGGCGGCACCUAAGCAUCCAGCUGAGCAGAAACUAUCAAGAGAAUCUGAAUGCGUCCCCUUAAAUGCGGACAAGAUGGAAAGCAAACAAAAACAACCGAAGCCCACGCAGUCCCCUCUGCAUUUGGAGGGCAUCGCCAUUCGCUGUUUGGCGGGGGCAGGAGGAGGAGGAUCAGACUGCGGCUCGGAGGGCGCAGAGGAUGAAGUCGGCGAAGGGGCCGUCCUGGAGGUCCCCGACACGGCUCAGCUUCUCCCACUUCACGACCUGGACCUUUAUGUGAAGAUGGUGAAGCAGACAAAGUCUGUGCCGCACUACACUGAAGUGGCCUACCCAGACUACUUUGGUCAUGUGGCCCCCACGUGUCGGGAGCCUCUUCUGGAGAGGUUGUACGGGGUACAGAGGUCUAAGAUAUUCCAAGAUAUCGAGAGGUUGAUUUACCCAAACCACAUCAUGGAUAAAGUCGUUUAUGACCUCGACAUUCCCGGCUGUCCCGUGAUUGAAAGCGACGGCGAGUCGCUGAAGUUCAACUCUCAGUUUGAGUCGGGCAACCUCCGGAAGGCCAUUCAAAUCAGGAAGUACGAGUACGACUUGAUUCUGAACUCGGACAUCAACAGCAACCACCACCACCAGUGGUUCUACUUUGAGGUGAGCGGCAUGCGCGUGGGAACCAUGUACCGCUUCAACAUCAUCAACUGUGAGAAGUCCAACAGCCAGUUCAACUAUGGCAUGCAGGUGCUGAUGUACUCUGUUCGGGAGGCCAUCAGUGGCAGGCCUCGCUGGGUCAGAACAGGAACAGACAUCUGUUACUAUAAAAAUAAUUUUGCCAGAAGUUCCAUUGCAACUGGGGGUCAAAAAGGGAAGUCCUACUACACGAUGACCUUCAGCACCACCUUCAGCCACAAGGAUGAUGUCUGCUACUUUUCUUAUCACUACCCUUACACAUAUUCCUCUCUUAAGAUGCACUUGUCAAAGCUAGAGGCUAUGAAGCCGCCUGGGAUAUACCUGCGACAAGAUGUCCUGUGUGAGACAUUGGGGGGAAACAGCUGUCUGCUCCUCACCGUCACUGCCAUGCCAGAAUCGAACUCCAGUGAUCACAUCUGCCAGUUUAGAAAUCGGCCAUUGAUCUUCCUGUCAGCCAGAGUGCACCCCGGGGAAACCAAUGCCAGCUGGGUGAUGAAAGGCACGCUGGAGUUCCUGAUGGGUACGAGCCUGCUGGCGGCCACCUUGAGAGAGUCCUUCAUCUUCAAGAUCGUGCCCAUGCUCAACCCUGACGGCGUCAUCAAUGGAAACCAUCGAUGUUCUCUGAGCGGGGAAGAUUUGAAUCGCCAGUGGCAAAAUCCUAAUCCUGACCUGCACCCGACCAUCUACCACACAAAGAGCCUACUGCAGUACCUUGCGCACACGCAGCGAACACCACUGGUGUUCUGCGACUACCACGGUCAUUCCAGAAAGAAAAACGUCUUCAUGUACGGCUGCAGUUUGAAGGAAACGGUAUGGCAGUCCAACAUCAGCGCAACACCCUGUGACUUGGAAGAAGAUCUCGCGUACAGGGCCCUUCCAAAGAUUCUCUCCCAGAUUGCGCCAGCCUUCAGCAUGGCCAGCUGUAGCUUUGUGGUGGAGCGCUCCAAGGAGUCGACGGCGCGCGUGGUGGUGUGGCGGGAGAUCGGCGUGCAGCGCAGCUACACCAUGGAGAGCACCGUCUGCGGAUGUGACCAGGGCAAAUAUAAGGGUUUUCAAGUCGGCACCAAAGAGCUAGAAGAGAUGGGAGCUCAGUUCUGUGUGGCCCUUCUAAGGCUCAAGAGAAUGACGGGGCUUCACAGCCAUCAGCACCUGCUGGACCUGGAGAGCGACCUCAUUGGGACACAGCCUAAAGUAGUCAGCUGCCCCACCACCUACGUGAUGGAUGAAGAUGAGCCGUCCUUCCUGGAGGCGGUGGAUUACAGCGCCGAGAGCAACGACGAGGACACCGAGGUGGACCUGGAGGCUGCCGCCGCCUCCGUCGCCAUCAGCACGGACGCAGGCGAAGUCCCGGAGCGGCUGUCCGACUCUGAGAACAAUCACGAUGCUUGGAAAUCUGAGCCAGUCACCAGUAGCCACUGAUUUUAUUUUAAAAUUGAUUAACUUAUUUUUUUUUUUUUUUUUUAAAGCAGAAUUUCAACUCCAAAACCAAUGACGGUAACCACACUCACAGCUUCCAUUAUAUACGACCGGUUGUCGUCUCUCCGUCUUGCAGGCUGGAUUUAUGCUACAAGUCUCCAGUUCCCUAUUUACUGCGUA